UGCUAGUGUUCGUCCCUCGCGAGACCCACCGACACAUCACAUAAAUCUCGCAGUGAUGGCUGCGCCGCCCGAUGCGGAGAGUUUGGAGUCUCGUAUCAACAGAGCCACAAACCCACUCAACAGAGACACAGACUGGAGCAGCAUCCAUGCCUUUUGUGACCAGCUCAACAAUGAUUUGGAGGGACCUCAGCUGGCCACCAGGCUCCUUGCACACAAGAUCCAGUCUCCACAGGAGUGGGAGGCCAUGCAGGCCCUGCUGGUUCUGGAAACAUGUAUGAAGAACUGUGGUAAAAGGUUUCACAGUGAAGUGGGCAAAUUCCGUUUUCUCAAUGAACUCAUCAAAGUAGUUUCACCAAAGUACUUGGGCUCACGGUCACCAGAGCCAGUAAAAAAGAAAGUUUUGGAGUUGAUCUAUAGCUGGACUUUGGGCUUACCUGAUGAGGCCAAGAUCUCAGAUGCGUAUCAGAUGCUGAAGAAACAAGGUAUUAUUAAACAAGACCCAGAACUGCCACCUGACAAACUAUUGAACCUUCCACCACCCAGACCCAAGAAUGCCAUAUUUGAGGAUGAGGAGAAGUCAAAAAUGUUGUCUCGCCUGUUGAAUAGCACGCACCCCGAGGACCUUAAAGCCGCCAAUAAACUCAUCAAAGAAAUGGUCCAAGAGGAUCAGAAGCGAGCAGAGAAAGUGUCAAAGCGGGUGAACGCCAUUCAGGAGGUGAAGGAGAGCGUCACUCUGCUGACUCAGCUUUUGCAGGACUACGACAGCACCGCAAGCGAUCAGAGCAAUGCUGAACUCAUACAGGACCUGUACCAGCGCUGUGAGAAAAUGAGACCAACACUGUUCAGACUGGCAAGUGAUACAGAGGACAACGACGAGGCGCUGGCGGAGAUCCUGCAAGCCAACGACAGCCUGACUCAUGUCAUCAACCUGUACAAACAGCAGGUGAAGGGGGAGAUUGUAAAUGGCAACAACACAUUAAACGCACAGAAACAAACAGGUGGAGGGACAGCAUUGUUAGACCUGUCAGGAUUGGACACUUCACCACAGUCGCCUCCAUCCUUCCCAGAGUUUCCCACUCCAACAGACAGCCUCAACGCCCCCUCACAAGAGAUGGGGAUCAGUCUCCUGGACGAUGAGCUCAUGUCACUUGGUUUAAGUGAAGGAACACACACCUCUAACCCUCCCUCACAGCCUGAGGACUCCACAGCCUGGGACUCCUUCCAGUCCUCUGACAGCAUAGAUGCAGACAUCCCAGCAGCACCCAGUCUCCUCCUGAGUCCAGACCCAGCCUCCCACUCUCAGCCCCUGUCCUCUGGCUCUACCCCUGGGAACUCGGCCCUGGAUGAGCUGGACCUGCUGGGAAAGACACUGCUGCAGCAGUCCCUGCCUCCAGAAGGCCUGCAGGUCAAAUGGGACAAGCAGCAGUCCAAACCAACUCUGAGAGACCUCCAGGUUAAGUCCGGGUCUAAUGUUGCCCCAAACCCCAUCCCAGCCUUCUCAACUGAACCCCCUGCACCCCUCAACUCCCAGCCCAGCCUCGGAGCAACGUUGCUGGAUAUGUCCCCAACUCAGACUGAGAGUCCCUCUGCAGAAGUCACCCUGACGGAUGUUUUUGUACCUUUAGAAUCUAUAAAGCCCAGUAGUCUGUUACCUGUAACUGUGUUUGAUGGACACAGUCUGCGGGUUCUCUUUCACUUUGCCCGCGACUCACCUCCUUCUCGUCCCGACGUGCUGGUGGUGAUCAUCUCCAUGCUGUCGUCCGCUCCUGUUCCCGUCACAGACAUCAACUUCCAGACCACGGCUCCAAAGUCUAUGGCAGUGAAGCUGCAGCCCCCAUCGGGGUCUGAGCUCCCAGCUUUCAACCCCAUCCUUCCUCCUGCUGCUGUCACUCAGAUCCUGCUGCUGGCAAACCCAAACAAAGAGAAAGUUCAGAUGCAGUACAGACUGACCUUCACCAUGGGAGAGCAGGAGCACAGUGAAAGCGGCAGUCUAGAACAGUUUCCUCCACCGGAGACAUGGGGGAACCUAUAGCAUUUAAACACCACCACAAUAUGACAGACUCUCUGCUUCCCCUCAGACUCCGUUUCCCUCCUGAACCGGUUCUCCAACUCAACACCCUUCAUAAACCUGUUUUCCUUUUUGUAAUCAUGCAGUACUCCUUGAUUGGUAUUGUUUUCCUUGGAUUAUGCUCAUGCUCAGUCAGUGUAAUGUGUGUAUGCUUUGCUUUAAAUGAGUCAUGCGUGUUUAGGUCUAGUCUGCUGUAUGUGGCUGCAUUAAAACAACCUUGCAACUGCUUCCCAUAAGUGGUUGCAGUCUUGUCAUUUUGUUUUUAACAGACAGUGCUACAAAGGAAGAAGACUACAUCAUUUUACUACAUUUUCCUCAUUUGGUGUGCUCAGUUCCCCCACCACACACACUUGAUUAAAAUCCGUCAUCCAUUACGUUUACCUUCCCCUCAGCAUGCUCCUCUAACACGGGACUCUGUUUGCAAAAUCCAGCACACCAAUAGAGAAAGGACAUAAUCAUUACAGAUGCAGCUCAUCUUAGUUUUCAAAACAAAGCUACACUUAAUCAACGUUUAGUGGUGUCUAGUUUGUGAUGAGUGAGUAUCAAUUGUGAUUUCUUUUGCAAUGACUGAGUCCACUUUUUGAUUUGCACAGAGAAUGAUUUUGAUAGUUUUCCUGUCUGUUUUUCCCAUCUUGUUAAGAACUAAAAUUUUACUGUAACAUCAGAGUUGUGUAUCUGCCAUAUGUGCCUAUUUUGCAGUUUAACAUUUAAAUUCUAGUGCAUUUGUUUUUCUCAUCUGUUACAUGUCAGUCAUGUUAAGUCUGCAGUAUGUCUGAGAUGCUGAUCAGCUGCAUUAUAACCUCAAAUUCUUAAUAUAUUCAAAGCAUUUUCAGUAGGGUAUAAGUUAAAUUAGAAAAAUCUUUUCUUUAGCUUGUUUUAGGUUAAUAUUUCAGCGUUUGAGUAAAACGGAAUAUCCAAAAACUUGAGCACAUGUAAAGUGAGCUGCAACCAGUUGCUCUGAGCACAGUGUCUGUCUCAAACAUGUUCAACUUGUUUCAACUGUCUGCAUUGCAUGUCAACCGUGCUGAACACUUCCUCCUCCCCACAGGCUCUCAAUCACAUUCCACUGCACUAAUCUCUAAUAAGACUGCUAUGUAAAUAUCAAUGAUGGCAGUUCUGUUAUGUACAUUUGACUUGUGCAAUGUGCAAGAGCAUAACACUGGUUAAAUAUUCCGAAUGGGUAAUAAAGUUUUUUUUUUUUUUCUUGGUGA